AUGCGAGAUGACUUAAGUCAACACCAGAUACAAGAGGAACAGGAGCUGGAGGCAGACAUACUAGAGCAGAAGCCCCAACUCAAAGUGGACCUGGCCCCAGACCCAGACCCAGACCCAGAACUGGAGAUCGGACAGGUGCCAGCUUUACUGGAGUCAGAGCUGUACCCAGCCCUCAAGGUUGAAACUGAGCUGGACACAAAAGCCAACUGGAAUGAGGAGUCUGACCUCGAAGAGCCCCUGCAGCUGGUGUGCCAGAUAGAGUCCGUCCACUCCAACAUGGCGCCGCCCACGCCGCAGACCUUCAGACCAUGGAAUCUGAACUCAAACUACGGGAGUUUCACGGAGGAGAACCACGUGUCCGCCUGCCAUCACUCCAUCAGUGUACAGACCUCCAAGCACCUCUUCUGGGCAAACAAGCUCAUCCAGGCCUCAGAGCACAGCCUGCAGCGGGCCAUCAAUAUGCAGCUCAACAAUGGCAGCGCAGGCCAGCCCAUCAGUUCCCGGCUCCGGGAGGCCAUCCCCACUGAUGCCCUGUGCUCCAAGGAGCAGCUCCAGAGCCCCGAUGCCCGCUCAGCUCCUCUGGCCACAAGCUCCCAGGAGCCAAGCCCCCUCCUGUCCUCAGAUCUCCCGCCACCCACUGGCCUGGCAGAGCUAAUCACCUUUGCAUCUUCCCUGACCAUGGCCUCCUCCAGCAGGAUGGAUAUGCCCAGUUUGGAACACAUGAUGAAAGCUCCACCCCAGGAGGCUCUGGAGCCUUCCACAGAGCCCCUCCUGAUCACUGCGGAGGAGCAAGAGCCAGAAAAGCACGCAGAGACCCUGCCAGAGAAACCACGUGAAGCCAGAGCACCACUGAAAUCUUGGAGUCAGCAAGACAAGAACUUCACUCAAUUUUACUUUGACUUCAGCAAGCCAGGGAUCAAGAGGGCCAUCAUCGAAAGGCAAAUGCAGCUUCUCCAGCCACCAGCCACGUCCCCUGUGCUGCCGGGAGGCAAGGAAGACUCAGUGCCGCCAGGAAAAGAGAAAUAG